GCACAAGGACAGGAAGUCCGGUAUCGCAAUUUUAUCGAAGGAUCGGCUUUGGUAUGCACGAAGUCUUUCAUUAACAUGGAAUCUACGAGCAAAGAUGAUGAAGCUGAAAAGGACAAGAACAAAACAGACAAAAACGAAACAACUGCAGAAGAUAACACCAAUAAGAAUGCUGACGAUAAAAACCCUUGUUCAACAGCUGGGUCUGAUUUGGACAAAAAUCCCAAAGAAGCCUUUAGCCAGUUCAACAUUAAACCAGAAAACGCUGAAUCUAAACCUGAGACUGUUAAUAGGCGGAUGUCGGCAGAAGAAGUUUCCAAAAGUUAUGAACGGCUGGGUUUAAAAAGAUGUCAGUUUUGCAAGUUCACCACCGAUGAUGAAGUCAUCUUCAAGAACCAUGCGGACAUGUGCCUAUCCAAGUCCCUUGGAGGAAAACGACCAGAGGAAAAGGCCCCCAUAGACUUGAAAUAUGAUGGCAGUAUUUUUCAUUGCUUGAACUGUUCUCUGCAUUAUAGUUCCAAGCAGGAAUUCGAAGAGCAUAUUGUGUGUCAUACAACGGACAAUCCGUAUAUUUGUUUGACGUGUAAGCAGAGUUUUGUGAGUCGUAAAAUUAUUGAACAGCAUACAAAAACUGUUCAUGUAGCUGGCAAUGCUAAAUGUGGGCUCAGAGGAAUAAAACGAGGAAGGCAAAUUGUGGAUGAUUUAUUAAAAGAUGGCAGCAAGGUCAUUUAUGGAAAACUCGCCAUACCAAAAACAAUUGAUAACAAAAGUGAAAAGCAAAGUCCGUCUGUGCCAGUGCAGAUUCAGCCUAAGCUUUUAAAACCUGCAGUAUCAUCAGCACCUCCCACCUAUAUGGAAAAUUAUAUAAUAGUAAAGACAUCCCAAGAAAAUACUACGACAUGCAAAAUUCCAGCUUCAGCUACCGUGAAUUCCUCUGCUGGGGCUGUCACAACCACUGUUGCUUCUACUAGGGUAUAUGUUCCUAAAAAAGUAGAUAAAGAAAAGGAGGAAGCUAUAAACUCUCUUUUUGGUAUAAUCAACCCAGAAACAAAAGAAAUUAUGGCCACAAAUGUGUCAACAAAGAUACAAAAGAUUGUGAAUCCAGUGACUAGUACAAGAUCUUUGUUGCAGCCAACUUCAUCACAGUACAAAGUUCAAGACAUUACAGAGUAUACCUCCACUCCUGCUGUCAGGCUUACCUCCACAACAAUAUCAACUGUGGCACCAAGUAAUGGCCAAUUCCUUCUUGUGCCAAUUGGACCUUCCUUGGUUCAGACAAGUGCAGGACCCUCUGCAUUGAAUACAUCAACAUCAAUACGACCACAAAUGAUUGUAAUUGGUGGACAAGUGCCACCAAGUGCAUCUGCUGCUGCCCCACCAAGUGUCACAAGUGGUAGAAGUUUGAUUUCUGGGAUCCCAGCGACAACAAUGUCUUCUUUUUCAAAGACCAAUCAGCCAAUAAUGAUGCAAUUUAUCCAAUCAAAACCUCCAACACCAAUUAAACUGGCAAAGUCAUUUUUACCGACAGUGGACCUACCACUGUUACAGACCACUAUUUCCCCAUCACUUACACAAAUCAACCCUGCCAAUGCUACUGUUGUUAUUGCAACUGGUAGUACUUCAACUACAGAACAGAACCAACCAAUUACUGUACCAGCAAGUAAAACACAUUCCGUCAUAAUUGUGCCAAAUUCUGAGUCACAAGUCAACACAUCUAUAAAUCCUUCUUUGAACAUGCCUGGACCAAGGACAGACCUAGAGAAAUUCAAUGUGAAACCAAGGUUGGCUCCACAGCCAUCAACGAAAAAGCUUUUGUUUAGAAUAAAACCAGGACAAGGGUAUGUUUGUGAAGCAUGCAAAAAGUUUACAAAGGAUGAGCUGAUUUUUAGAAAACAUUUAUGGGAACAUUUUCACGGAAUCCCCUUGGCUUGUGGUUCAUGUACUUUUCAGCAGUUACAAUCUAAAGAUAUUCUUAACUGUAAACUUGUGGGGAAUAUUGUUUGUAGCUUAGUGAAGCGGUCAACAGAAGACAAACGUAGAUCUAAACCUUUCAAAAUUGUGAAAAAUGGUGAGAAAGAAAUAAUUGAUAUAACAGAUGAUGACAAUAUUAAAGAACUCACAGCGGAUUUAGAGCAGGAAAGUAAGGGCAACAAUGGAAGUACAGCUGAAGUGAUUGUGCUGGACGAUGAUGAUGGUGAUUCUGGAUGUUUGCAGAUUAAAAUAUGUGAAACAUAUUCUCUAGCUGACCAGAAGAUCUUAAAUAUUGACAAGACCUUGUCAGAUGAGUCAAACCAUGCUGGAAGUUGUGUGGAGAAGACUGAUGAAGACAUUUCUAGUUCAAAACCAAAAGACGAAUCUUUAAGAAGUAAAGAAAAAGAUCUGACAAAGGGUAGUGAUAAAUCAGAAGAUGUUGAUGAUGUGGAUGAAAAUCGACAGACAAACACACUUAGUGAGUUGCAGAAAAUUGACGAGAAUCCCAACGAAGAGGAUGCUGCCCCUACAAAUGACUUAUUGAAUAAAUCAUUGAGUCAAUCCGAGGCUGAAACAGAAUGUACUGUUGCUAAAGUUAUUGAUUCGAAUCUUAAAUUGGAUGAUCCUAAACUGUUGGAAAAAGACAAAGAAAUUGAUUUCUUAAUUGAUCAAGCUUUGCUCCCUGUUGAACCAGAAACAAACAAAGAGUCAUCUUUAGUCGGCUUAAAAAGUUCAAGGAUCAGUCAAAGUAACAAAGCUGUUGAAGAAUUUGAUAAACAGACACUAGAACAGCUUGGCUACAACUCUUUUUAUGCUUGCGGAUAUGAACCUUGUGGAUUUACAUGCCUGUCUUCUGUGAAAUACAGGGAACAUUUGAAAGACAAAAAGCAUCAGACUGAAUACUGUUACCUUUGUAGUCAUUGCGGACAAAAGGACUACAAGGAGGAUAGUCAUGUUCGACAUUUAUUUUCCCACUCUAUGAGCAAGACAUUUCUUUUGUACAAAUGUCCCCUGAGAUUGUGCAAAUUUAAGACAAAUAUGAUUCAGUUUUAUGAAGAACAUUUGAAGGCUCAUCCAAAAGAAGAGUUGAACAUCAAAUGUACAUAUUGUCAUCAGAUGUUUCCUAGUAUUGAAAGCCUUUCACAACACUUGCAGAAAAACCUGCUUAAGUUUAUUACUUGCCCCUACUGUUCCUUCAAGUUUGAGAAGAAGCCAGUUGUGUUCCAGCACAUCAAACACAGCCAUCCAGACAAAAUAAGAAUGAUCUCCGUUUCUGGUCAGAUCGUGUGCAAUGAAAGGGAAAUUAACUUUUACGUGGUACCAAAGGCAAAAACAAACCCAGACCAAGAAAGAGUAAAUCCUAAAGUAAUUGACAGAAUGCUCAUUGAUAAUUCUAGUGCAAAUAGCCUUGACAUUCCAAGACUUUUGGAUGAAGUACAAGGUGAAAGAGUAGAUGAAAUUGAAAAUAAUGUUGAUACUAACAAUGGUGGUUCUGAAAUAGAUGAUAGUGAAGAUGCUGAAAAUGAAAGCUUGCCAGAUUUGGACCAAACACAAACUGAAUCAGAUACACCAAAUAAGAAAGGCAUUGAAAGAUUAUCUGAUGGAGCGAAAAACGAGCCUAAACAAGUACAUGAUUCCAUUGGACCAAAGUGUUUGCUUUGUCCAAAGUGCAAGUACCUGAGUUACAACCAAAGCUAUCAUAUACAGCACAUGUCUCUUCAUGAUAAAGAGCCAGAGAGGGAAAAGAGAUUUCUUUGUUAUCUUUGUCCAAAGGGCCUAGAAAGUUUGCCUAACUUGAAGAAACACAUUCAAAACCAUUUGGGGAAACAUGAUAUCAAUGUUUACUGCUGCACUGUUUGUUCAUAUAUGUCAAACCAGAAAGCACACAUAAUGGAUCAUUGUGAAGAUGGACAUGAGCAGAAAAGUAUGUACACGUUGAAGGAAGAAACGGUUGAAAGUACGAAUUAUUAUACCUGCAAGUACUGUGAUUUCGUAACAAGGGCAGUUGACCAGGUAUCCCAGCAUGAAAAUGUUGUGCAUAAAGUGAAGCCCAUCGUUUCCAUGGAACCAAUGCAGAAGGUUACAGAAACUUUUAAAGCCAGCUUUAAGGAAGAAACAAUGAAAGAGCAGAAGCAGAGUAAGAAAGAAAGUGAAGGAGGGAAGAAGAAGUAUCAUUGUGAAUAUUGCAGCACAUUUUGGAAACACAAAGCAGAUUUGAAGAAACACAUGCUUCUUGAACAUGAUGACAUUGAGAACAAACAAUUUACCUCUUACAAGUGUAAAUAUUGCAAUUUAACAUCCACUAUGAAGGAUUUAAUUGUGAAACAUUAUGAUAAAAUGCAUACUGGCCUAGCAAUACGUAUUUUACGCAAGGUAGAACAUAUCGAUAUUCCCUCAAACGAACAAAAUUCUUUGGGGAUAUCCAAGCAGCCUGAUCAUGAGGAAGACUCUGAAAAAAGUGUUGAAAAAAUAGAUGUUGUGAUACCCGAUGGGACAAUUUUCAAAACUCCAUUCAAAUGUCAAAAUUGUGACUUUAUGUCAAAUUAUAGAAUCACAACAAUGCGACAUCUGAAAGAACAUCCUAACAUGAGACCUGUCAGACCCAAUCCGUGUAAGAAAACACCAUCAAAACCAACUGCUAGAAAAUCUACGACCAUACCCAACCCGUUUAGCAGUGGUAAGAAGACACCACAUAAAAACAGUUUGUUACAAAAUGGACCAAAUGCAGGCAGGUUUCUUCUGAAUCCUUUCGCAAAAGUGAAAGAAGCUGUGGCUGAGACACGUGGUGAUCCCUCAAGUCCAUCAAAAGACUUUUAUGUUUUGGGAGAAAAUAGACUCCAUUCUGCAUUGACAGCCUGCUUUACUGCAAUGGUUGAAGACUUGAGGUUUCAAUGUCGUAUCUGCACACAAAAAAUCGCAAAGAAAUUUGUCCUGCAUAGACAUAUCUUGGACCAUCUUAAAAUUGUAUUUUUCAAGUGUAGAUAUUGUAACGAAGGCACAAUUGAAAGAACUUUGAUAGCAGGUCAUAUUCAGAAAGAACACAGCAAUAUGCCUUUGGUUUACGAUACUGUCAGUAAACAAGAGCUUGAAGACCUUCUUGAAGAAAGAACAUGCAACCUGGACUUCAAUGAUAAAAUCGAUAUACAGGUUGAUGUAAAGAAAGGGUCAACAGUUCCAAGAGACCUAGGUCUGAAAACAGAGCAAGUGCAUGAGAUAGCAGACGUGAAGUCUGAUGUUGAAAACGAAAUAACAAAAGAAAAACCAAACAGUAUGACAUUUGUCGCAGCAAGUAAUUCUCGUAAAUGCCCAAUGUGCCGGUAUGUUGCAAAAAAGGACAAUGUGCUGGUGAGCCACAUAGCAGCACAUGAUGAUCCAUAUAAGAAGUUUGUUUGUAGUGGGUGCGACUAUAGAGGUGAUAAGUAUAAUGUCAUCAAGCAUAUAUACAGGGUGGUCCAUAGUGUUCCAGCCAGGAUUGUUGAACAACAAUCAGGCAAGAAAACAACAACGAACCAGAGGGAUGACAAAUCUGCAGAAGAUACGAAUUCAAAGAAAGUUUUGGCUUUACCAAAACCUGAAAAGACCCCAAAGAAGAAAGCUGAUACAGCGAGUAUUCAUUCUGAGGAUUCUGACUGUAUAAGUAAUUCUAAAGGCAAGUCUGUCUCAAUUGAUUCUUUUACAGUAUCGCUUCAUGGAGUUUUUGAAAUCAAGACCAAAGUGAAAUGCAAGAUUUGUGGAGAGAAAAAAGAAUCGAAGAGUUCAAUGUAUGGCCACUUUAGAUCAUCUCCAAAAUGCAAUGGACCAUAUUAUCAAUGCUCAUUAUGCUCGUUUCAAAGUUCGACCAAAAUUGCAAUAAGGAAACAUGCUCAGAUAAGACACCCGAAAACUAAAGCAAUUGCGCUUACCCUGCCUAUGGCUGCGAAGAUGAAGGUCAUUAAGAUCCCAAUUAAACAAGACAACCAGGUGGCGAACAUGCUGAAGAAGCGUAAAGCUGCGGAAACUGACUUAGAUUCAGACUUUUAUAAUGUUGACGUCGAUGUUGAUGACUCCGAUGAUACAAAAACAGAAGAUAGUUGUAACCAGAUUAAGAGUAGUAGUUCUGAAAUAGCGUGCAGGCUUUGUCAAACUUACACCUGUGCAAAUGUUAUGAAGCUGCAGUAUCAUGUUAAUACCUUUCAUCAGGGUACAACCGUACACUGCCAGAAAUGUUCGUAUAAAACUCCUGUCUUGCAACAUAUCUUCAAUCACUGCAAGAACGUGCAUCAUCAAAAUGUACCUCAGUACUCUGACAAAAAGAUGGAAUUAGAAAACAUUAAACGUAAUGAUUCUGACUUGCUUGUUACCUCCCCAAAAGUUGGAACAGGGAAACAUGAAUGCCCUAAGUGCAACAAAAGAUUUGUUAACGCUGGGUCCUUAAAACCGCAUUUGUUCAAGCACUUCAACUAUUCACCUUAUAAAUGUAAGUUGUGUAAAGCAAGCUUUUUUCGAUCAGACUAUAUACAAAAACAUUUUGAAGCUGAACACCAUGGAAAGGAAUUUAUAAAACAAUACGUCAGAAAUGAUGCAAUUGAGGAAAAAGUUAACAAGAUUAUGAAAAUAAACAGACGUCCAAAGAAUUUUGACAAAUUCAAGGUCGUUGAAGAGGGCAUUCGUUUUCAUAACGGUGUUUGGUACUGUAACGAAUGUGGAAAAUCAUCAGAUUUCUUGAAAGGCAUAAAAAGUCACUUACAAAUACACUCAAACACGUCCCGAAAACGACCUUUUGAGAGUGAAAGAGACGUUGUGCAACUUAAAGGAAAGAAGACAAAACUGGUCAACGAUCCACAAAUCCUACAAGAAGCGAGUUCUUCAGAUGAUGCAAAGGAUAGCUCCAAAUCACUUAUUAAGUUCAAGAUUGAGGUUAAUGGAAAUGGCAAUAAGAUGUAUCGAUGUGGCUACUGCAAUUUGAGUUUCAACAACAAAUUUAAAGUGAAGAACCACAUUGCUGGGGUCCAUCAAAAGAUGAACAAGUUCAAGUAUAAAUGCUGCUUCUGUGGAUACUUAUCCAUGUUUUCCGGCAAUGUGUACAGACAUGUUGGGACACACCACAAUGGAAAACCGAAAACAGCUUUCAGUAUUGUCAAGCAGAAAGUCAUUUCUCCCGAAAACAGAGAGUCUGAUAUCUCCACUGAUUCUGAGAGGCAUUUUGAAGUCGAUACCCAUGGGGAGCUUGAAAAUUUAGGAACUGGAGGCUGUGAUGAUGACACAAAUAGUACUUCAGAACAUUUGUUUGAGUUUUCAACGAUGCGGACACCGACGAAAAGGCGGAGAACCAUUACCUACAGAUGUCCGAUAUGUUUUGUAGAAGAACAAUCCGUCUAUUAUCUGAGAAUUCACCUGGCUCAACAUGAAGAAUUCCGGAAGAAGUCACAAACUCUUGACAGAGAUGCUCAGCUCUCCUGUGGGUACUGUUCAUAUGUCGGAAGGAAUUUGCUUGAUUUAGAAACACACAGCGGCUCACAUGUGUCUGAAUGUAAAUACAGGUGUUUGUAUUGUCCUUACUAUGCAUUUAAAAAGCAUAUGGUCAUUAUGCAUUGCUCUACUGUUCAUCAGAGAGAGCGUCCAAAUGUGUUUGAUAAGUUAAAGAAAAUAGACUUGGAUGGUAAUGAUCCCUUUUUAGUGAAGCUUCAACCGAACAUUUGCUUAACAAGGGUCCGAAUAAGUGCUUCUGUAAAGAGCAGAUAUUUCAAGAGGAUAAAGCUGCAAGAGAGUGAUAGUGAGGAAGAGGCUUUGAUCGAAGAAAACACAAAACUUGAACAAAAUUUAAUUUAUACAGAUUCAAAUAGAAAAGAGGACAGUAUUAAUGAUGUACAAAAAUGUGACAAUGAAAAAACUGAGGAACUUGAAUCAGAUACAAAUGGUGAACAAAUUCUUAACCAGAUGGAGAUAAAUGCGACAGAGGGUAGAAACGAUGAUAUACAGAACCAAAACAAAAUUCAUAACGAAGUUCUUGCAAAGGAACCUUGCACAAGUGAAGAAUGUUUGGUUUCUGGGAAUGCUGGCAGUGAAGAAUCUGGAGAUCGCAUAAAUGUAUAUAAUUCAGAAGAAAGUAAGGACAGUACCUUAGACCAACGUGAACACAAUAGCCAGACUGAACAUAAUGCGGGUUCAAAUACAAAUACAUUAAACCAAAACAUUGACAACAAGAACAUUGGAACUAAAUCUGGUUCAAGUAACAAUAAUGAAGCAUCUGAGCAAUUUGCAACUUCAGCAAAUUCAACUGGUGAAGCUGUUUGUGAUGACAUUACUACUGCUGAAAAUGUAACAGAUAUGCUAUGUGCAGAGACUGACAGUGUUGGUAGUUUUGGAUUUGCUGUCAAUGAUGCGGAUGAAAAUAUUAAACCAAGUGGUUCUUGUAAUACCCAACAACAACAUGAGAACCAUUUAGAUCUAGAAGGCAUCAAUAAAACAAAUGACAGUUUCGAAGACGAUUAUUUAACAGAUGUAGUCGAAAAACAAAAUGAUGUUUGUGAAAAUGAUAUUCAUCGGACUGAUUCAUGUAAGGACAGGGUUGCAAAACAAGAUGAUGUUUCUGAAAAUGACAGUUCUCAUAAUGAUUCAUGUAGUGAUAUGAUUGCGGAGAAAGGCGGUGUCUCGGAAAAUAACACACUAGACACGGAUAAAAAUAAUGAUAGUGACAAAAAUGCUUGUUACGGAAGAACUCAAUAUUCUUACGAUGAUGAAGAAAAAAACAAAAUGAAAGCAACUACAUCUGCUCAUGAAAAUCAGUCAGAUGCAAAUGAUUUUCUUGAAAAGAAAAGUGAACAAAUUGAAAACGAUAUUGAACUUGAAAACAUUGAUAUCCCAAAUGAGGAAGAUGAAACAGAAGUUGAUAAAAAUGAAGUUGAUAAUGGUCUCAAGGAUAAUAUAUUUGAGAAAUAUGAUGUAAGUCUUGCCGAUAAGGCAUCCAAUAAAAAUGAUGUGAAUGAAACGAAUACAGCUGAUGAGAAUAUUUUUGAGAGGUUCGGAUUUAACACCACCGGAAAUAGUGAGCCAGAUAAUGAAGAGAAUAAAUCUGAUUCUAGCCAAAAUGAAGAAGAGGAUAACAUAAUUGAGAAAGCUAACCGUGAGCAUCCAAAUGAAAACACAGACAAAAAAUUAAGUGACAUGUUGUCCGCAGAGAGGAUGGAAGAGUCGGAGUCGGACAAAAAUUUAUUCGAAUUGUUCCGACCGAUUGAUUCGGAAAAGACAGAAACUGUAAAUGAAAGCGUGAGUGAAAGUGAAACGAGAAAUGAAAACUUGGUGCGAGAUGUUGAACGCUUGCUGGAAGAUAUAGAUCAGACAAUACAAGAUGCUAAAAAAGCAGGAAAGAGCCCUUCUUUAAACUCUGUAGUAGAUAUGGAAACAGAUUGAAGUAAAGCUGUACUUGCUAGCUGAAUUAGGUUGUUGUAAGACAACAAAAUUCGUAUUUUGUCUGAUGGUGUAUUUUUAUCAUGAAGUCUAAGGAAGUUGAUUUAAUUACUUUGUUUCAUUAUAUGUGUUGAAUCAUCUACAGCUUAUGUUGGCUGUCUACUGAAGCCUAGAAUAGAUAUUGAAAUAUGUCGAAUUAGGGCAAAUGUAACAUUUUAUUGCAUGAUUGUUUUAGUUGUGUAGAACUUUGUAAAUACAUUAGCAAGAAUUUAUUCAUGAGGGUGUACAAAUCAUUGUUUUGAAAUUGUUAGAAUAGUUAAAAAUGAUGUGAAUGAAACGAAUACAGCUGAUGAGAAUAUUUUUUGAGAGGUUCGGAUUUAAAACCACCGGAAAUAGUGAGCCAGAUAAUGAAGAGAAUAAAUCUGAUUCUAGCCAAAAUGAAGAAGAGGAUAACAUAAUUGAGAAGUCUAACCGUGAACAAAUGCAACAUUUUAUUGCAUGAUUGUUAUAGUUGUGUAGAACUUUGUAAAUACCUUAGCAAGAAUUUAUUCAUGAGGGUGUACAAAUCAUUGUUUUGAAAUUGUUAGAAUUGUUCUUUACUCGAUGUAUUUUUGUCUCGGUGCUCUGAUUAUAAAGAUGAUAUAGUUAUUAAAAUAGAAGAGGUGUUUCAUAUAUGUAUGUCUAGAAACUAGCGUAGAAUUAUACUAUGUACUGCCUAGUUAGUUGAUAUAUUAAUGCCAGUAAAAGUCCUGAUUGGUGUACUGAUCUAUUUGCCAGUAUUUGAGUGUUUAGAUGUUCAGGUUAUGCAGCCUUAAGUUGUUUGAGGACAUACUGAUUUUUUUAUUAUGAUUUUACAUUAUCGAAGUGGUUUAUCAAAACAUUUCUACCAUCAAACUAGUCUGAUAACAUGUUAUUGCCUUUUACAUAUAUUUUUUCGUUUGAGAGGGGGGGGGGGGGUGUAGCGUUUUCCUUAAUUGACAACAUUUAAUUGGCUAAUAUACAUUUUCUGAUACUUGUAGAAGUGGUUGUGUUGCAUGUAUAUAAUGUAGUGUUGCAUGUAUAUAAUCAAAUUGUAUAUUGAUGACUUUCUAAAAAAGCUAAUACAGGUAGCAUUGCGUUUUGUAUUCAAUUCAUUAUUAUGUAGCACUAUAUUGAAUCGACCUGCAUCUUAAUAGGAAAAGGUCUUGUAGUGUUAUUGAUAAAAACUGAUACCUCCUUAACCCACAACUACCUUCUUUUGUAGGCAUUACGUUUUACAAUCAAGACACCAACCGUGUCGCACUUGUGCUAUAUACAUUGUUUUUUGUUCUUUUUUUUAUUAAAAAUACCUUUGUUAGAGCAAAUGUUGUGAAUCUCGAAGAAUAGAAAAGUAAGUACAUUAAACUGUAAAUUUAA